GCCGCAGCCGGAAGCCUUGGCACCCCCGAGCUCCAGGCGGCGUUUUCCUCCUCGCAACCACUGUAGCGGGGCUAGCGGCUCUCGGCCCGCUCCGCCGUCGCCCCCGCCCCGCGGCCGCCGUGCCGGGGGAGGUGCUGGCGGGGCGGGGCGCACCGCACCGGGCCCAUGUCGGCUCCGCGGGCCGCCACGCCGGGCCCUGGCGGCGGGGCUAGGAAGAUGGAGCUGGAGCUGGAGCUGGGGAGCAGCACGCAGACGUCGCACCGGCUGCUGGCCUACAGCGACGCGCUGCUGUCCAUCAUCGCCACGGUGAUGAUUUUGCCUGUGGCUCACACAAAAAUACAUCCCGAUCAGAAACUAGGUGAAAGUGUUCAGCAACUUCUUCUAACAAAAAUUGCGGUGUACUUGAUGACCUUCUUAAUAGUCACAGUGGCAUGGGCAGCACAUGUAAGGUUAUUCCAGGUGAUAGAGCUUAUAGAUGAUGUCCUUGCUCUUCUAAAUCUGGCCUGUAUGAUGAUCAUAACUUUCUUGCCGUACACAUUUUCCUUAAUGGCCUCGUUUCCAGGGGUGCCUUUUGGAAUUUUCCUGUUCAGUGUCUGUGCUGUUGUCAUUGGCCUUAUACAGGCUGUGAUAGUAGUGUAUGGAUUCUAUCACCCACACUUAUUGAAUCAGCAGAUACAGGUGUCUGAAAAUCAGAACUUCUAUAAACGUCACAUCCUAAAGAUUAUCCUAAGAGGACCAGUUUUAUGCUUUUUAGCAGCCAUCUUUUCUUUUUUCUUUAUUCCCUUGUCUUACCUACUUCUUGGGCUCGUAAUUGUUUUUCCACAUCUCAGUCGAUUCAUAACAUGGUGUAAAACCAAGAUUGUAGGUCCCAGAGAUGAAGAGGAGGCAAGCUAUAGCUUAGAAACCUUUAGUUUUUACCUCAGUGAGCCUCUGAGUAAGGAACGGGUAGAAGCAUUCAGUGAUGGAGUCUAUGCUAUUGUAGCAACCUUGCUCAUUUUGGAUAUCUGUGAAGACAACGUUCCUGAUCCAAGAGAAGUUGGGGAGAAGUUUCAUGGAAGCCUUCUUGAAGCUUUAAGUGAAUAUGGACCAAACUAUCUUGCCUACUUUGGUUCUUUUGUGACAAUUGGUCUCUUGUGGUUUGUCCAUCACUCACUUUUCCUGUAUGUAACAAAAGCUACACGAUUAAUGGGACUGCUUAAUAUACUUUCGUUGGCUUUCAUUGGUGGCCUUCCGCUGGCUUACCAGCUGACCAGUGAAUUUGCAGAGAAGUCACACAAUGAGAUAGAAGCUAUUCAGGUCAGCUGUGUAAUUACUUUCUUUGCCAGCAUAUUUCAGUUUGCAAUAUGGACAACAGCCCUCCUCCAUGAAAGGGAAACAUUGCAUCCUUUUGCUAGAUAUGGUGGCAAGGAGCAUGCCUUCAUGUUUGCCAAGCUGGCUCUCUACCCUUGUGUGAGCCUUGGGGCCUUCUUUCUAACAUGCUUGUUAAGUGAAUUUAGCACAGAAAUUUUCCAUCUUAUGCAGAUUGUAAUCCCAUUUGCUUUUCUUGCCUUGCGCAUUUUUGUCAGGAUUUCUUUAAGUGUCAUAAAGUCUGUGAUGUCUCUUUCCAGACGGAAGGUUGUAUUGUUAGAAGAAGAGGAGGCAUGUUUGUCUCCUACUGAAACACACUCAUAAAUUUCCAUGCAGUGCAUGUGAAGUUAAAUCAUUGAUUUCAGUUCUUCUAACUCAUGUUGUCUUGAUGUGUGAUCUGUAUAUUGAUCUAAAUUAAAGCUUGUGUUGACCAUAACUGGAGUGUAUUUUAAUUUUAGCUGGUCAUGCCUAAAAGCCUUUCUGUAAAACCAGUAAUAAGGGGGCGAGUGAGGAAAGAGUAAGUGGGGAAAACAGAAAGCAUGUUCCCCUAUCUUGAAAAUUACCUUUUGGGAAAAAAAUGCUGCUUGAAGUGUAACUGUAGUGAUAGUGAUGGUGUACACAGAUACUCAGUGAAAUGCCUUUCUCUGACGUGCAGUAGUCAGUAUGGAAACAAAACACAGGUAUAGAAGCUGAUUAUGCUGCCAUAAAAUAGGAAGAAAGGCUUGGCAGAUGUGAUGGACACUUCUGGUUUUCUGGAUGGUGUAUCAUAACAGGACAUUUGUGUAUACAGAUUGCUGGUCUCUGCUCGCACCCCUUUAUUCUAAGUCAACGGCAUCGCUUCUCAAUAGCCAGUGAUCAUUUUGUAAAGCUCCUUUUGAACAGUUUUGAACUUCUCUUGAGAGUUGAGAAUUGAAUUGUGUAUGCAGGCCCCCAGGCUACCUAAACAAAAGUUCAGUUACAUUCUUUUUAAAAAUGGUGUAUUUAAAAUAUGAGGAUUCGUGGCUGCACAUGCAGGGUUUGAACUAGCUUUGAUGUCUCCUAGGGAAGAAAUUUGAAGAGCUGUGAGACUAAGUAAAUUUGCCUUCAGUUCUCAAGCAACUCUACAUCUGAAAUGAAAGGUUUGGAUUUCUCAGGCUUUCAGCAUCUGCUCUCAUGCCAUAGAAAGGAACCUCUUUUAGUUCAUGUGAAAGCAUGAUGCUAUAUUCUGAUAGAAUGUGACUUUCUUGACAUGUGUAACAAUUCUCCAGUGGAAAAGAGAAUUGAGUUGGUCUUUCACAAGAGGCUAGAUAAGCAAUAGUGAAACUCCUAAAGAACUAACUGGUAGAAGUUCUAGUCUACUGGACACUGGUAUUUUUAAAGUUUAUGUACUGAUGCUCAAACUUUUUCCUGUGGAUAGCUGUUUAAGAAGGAGCAGGUAAAUUUAUCCAGGCUCUGACUAUCCUCUGGAAGGCUUUACAUUUCUUUUUGGUAGAGGCAUUAGUUCGUACUUUGAACUUAGUGCCAUGUUUAAAAGCAUUUGGGGGAUUUUGGUGUUCCUCUUAAAAAGGAAUAACAAAAACAAUAGAAAAAAAGCAACACAGUCCUGCAGUAAAUAAUGCUUGGAAUAAUUAUUAGUGAUAACAAAUUUAAAUACCUACUUUCAGUUGACAUUACUCUAAAAGCAUUUUUUGCUUUUGGUUUGAAGCAUCUUAGUGUAUUGUAUGCUUACUGUAAGAUAAACCUUCAGAUACGCAAGACUUGCAGUAGGAUUCUGUGUUGUGUAAUGUAUUGGUUUUUUUUUCUUACAACUAAUAAAAGCACUUUGGU